AUGAAAAACUGUCAAUAAAAUCAACGAUAAAAUUUUUACAAUUUUGUAUUUGGAUAUAAUAAGGAUUAGAGAUCUACUUCAAUGAAAGUAGAGAGAUUAAGGUAGAUUACUGAAACAAGUGAAAUUAAAUAGGAUUAUUAUAAAGGAUUGCAACUAGGAAAAACAAGUGAAAAUGCAUUAAAAGUUAUUCAUAUGAAAUUAGAGAGACAGAGACUUAGAAGAUAAUCAUUUGAAACAAAAACAGAAAUGGAGGAAGAACAUUUACCUUAAGUUUAAUAUCCUGUAAAACCUCCAAUUCCACAUAGAACAAUAGUUAGUAAUAAAGAAAAUAUUAUUGAAAUGCCGUAUAAUUUAGCCAAAUAGCAAUAGUUUUAAAAAUUAUACUAAAUUAAACGUAGAAGAUAAUCUUAGAGAAUGAAGAUAAAGAAAAGUGAACCUACAAUAGAUUUUAGUCCAUGGGAAAAUGAAGAUAAUCAUGAAUUUGAUUUUUAUUGA